UCCUCCCAGCAGCUGCGCGCUGAAAGCCGCCAGGCGCUGCUCCCAUCACGGUCAUCCUUUCUCCGUCUUCAAACAAUGUUAUCUAUAUUCUCUAAACAUUUCACCGACUGCUAAACUCAGCACUUUGGAUUGACUCUACCAUAUACAGUUUGCCAUGGCGACGGUGGUGAUGGAACAGAUUGGCCGCCUGUUUAUCAACGUGCAGCAGUUGCGUCAGAUCCCUCAGCUGCUGGAGUCGGCGUUCCCCACGCUGCCUUGCACCGUGAAGGUGUCCGAUGUUCCCUGGGUGUUCCGCGAGCGCCACAUCCUCAGCGGCUACCGACAGCCGGACCAAAGCUGGCGCUACUACUUCCUCACCCUCUUCCAAAGGCACAACGAGUCCCUCAAUGUGUGGACCCACCUGCUGGCCGCGUUCAUCAUCUUGGUGAAGUGGCAGGAGAUGUCAGAGACGGUGGAUUUUUUGCGAGACCCUCACGCUCAGCCCCUCUUCAUUGUCCUCCUGGCAGCCUUCACCUACCUCUCCUUCAGCGCUCUCGCUCAUCUCCUCUCUGCCAAGUCCGAGCUCUCCUUCUACACCUUCUACUUCCUCGACUAUGUUGGGGUGGCGGUCUACCAGUACGGCAGUGCGCUGGCUCACUACUACUACGCCAUAGAGAAAGAGUGGCACACUAAAGUGCAAGGGUUCUUUUUACCGGCUGCAGCGUUCUUGGCCUGGCUCACCUGCUUCGGCUGCUGCUAUGGCAAAUACGCGAGCCCUGACCUGCCAAAGUUCGCCAUCAAGCUUUGCCAAGUGGUGCCCUCAGCUUUGGCUUACUGUCUAGACAUAAGCCCUGUGGUUCACCGCAUCUACAGCUGCUACCAGGAGGGCUGCUCCGACCCAGUUGUGUCGUACCAUUUGUACCACGUGCUCUUUUUCCUAAUCAGCGCCUAUUUCUUCUGCUGCCCCCACCCAGAGAGUUUGUUCCCUGGGAGGUGUGACUUCAUUGGGCAGGGCCACCAGAUCUUUCACAUAUUCGUGGUGGUGUGCACACUGAUGCAGAUCGAGGCGCUGAAAACAGACUUUGUGGAGCGCAGGCCCUUCUACGAGGGGCUUCACGGCGACCUCGCGCACGACGCCGUUGCACUCUUCAUCUUCACUGCCUGCUGCAGUGCUCUUACCGCUUUUUAUGUGCGCAAUCGUGUCCGUGCCUCUCUGCUCGAAAAGGAGGAUUAAGAGUUCAAAUGAGUAAAAUGAGAGUCUUAUUUAUUUAACACGGUAGUGAACAUUCAUUCAAAAAAAAAUCUGAUUUUAUCGUCUAUGAAAGUUCUCAGUUUGUGACAGUGACUUAUUAUUUCUUCUCUAUGUGAUCUGCCAAACUACAGCGAAAAGAAAAAGAGUGAUUAAAGGUGUGUUUUUGUGAAAUGCAACGAAGAAAAGGGAUUAAUAUUUUUCUGUAGCAAUACAGGUAGUAUUUCAACACUGGAAAGGGUCCCUGCAGCUCUGCUCUUUUGUCAGUCUGUUUUUAGUGUAAAAGAAUGUGGUUUUACUCAUCCAUAUAAAAACACUCUUUCUGCUGAGGAGAGCAGGACAAUGAAGAGACUAGUUUCUUAAGAUGCCUUUUACCAAAUUGUAUUUAGAGAAAUCCGACUGUUUAAAUCAAAUUGUAGCAUUUCAAAUCAUGCAAGCAUUUCUUUUUUAUAAAUACAUUCCCAUAACACUUUGUAUAUUUCAGUCAGAUAUAAAUUCCAACCCAAUUUAAAUUGCUGGUUUUGAUACAGUACAUUUCUGACACUUUUGAUUCUGCCCCUCUCUUAAGAGAUCAAAGCAAGGGUUUGUGUUUCAAUUUUACUAAGGCGCUAACACUUUGCCACGCUAAUGUUUGAACAUAUUCUGGGAAAGUUGAGAACCCAAUUUGCAAACCAAAUAUUGUACCCCUUAUUUAAAAAGCAGAAGAAUAGGUUUUCUUUCUUUGGGUAGUAACGUUCUUGAAUAAUGUUGAAUAUGAGGCUGGCACUCAGUAUUGGUUGGGUGGAAGAUUACUGAUGUCUCUUUGUUGUUGUGACAAUGUUGAUCUUUUGUAUUCAAAGGGCUGGAACUUCAGCUUUUGCCUUUUCUCAUCCCAUGAUGUCAAAGCUUUUUGCGGUCAUUGUUUUCAUUUUCUUUUGAUCAGAACUGAGUCACAAAAGGCGCUUCUGAUUGGUUUUCUGCUUUUGGUUAUGUUUCUUUUUGUAUGAUGAAUAUGUACGUGCCUCUAUGCAUGUGUUUUGGUAUAUACUGUGGAUAUUAAGUGUGUGAAUGUCUAUGAAAGCUUAGCCUUGCACUCCUUUCUUACCCUGUAAAUAAGCUGUAUUUCUUUUGAAAGUCGCAUCCCAUUUUCUCUCCACCGAAUAGCACUCAGAACUGAAUGCAUCUUUUCUCUGGUGAGAAACGGCACAUUACUGUCUUGAUGCAUCCAUUCAGAGUGCAGUUUGUGUUCAGUGUCCUGCUGCCUUUUAAAUGGCUAUGAAUAUAUCAUUUCAUACUGCUGCACUGUUACACUGAAGAGUCCCUAUACUUAUUUUGUUCUCUUAGUUUGAUGAAUUUUGUUAUAAAGAAUAUCACACAGAUAUGGCUCACUGAUAAUGUUGCUUAGAUUUUUACCUCACAAAAUCUUUAAAUGUCAGAAAUGAUCUAUAUUCAUUAUAGCACUCUCUGUUCAUGGUGGUGUUUAAUGUGCCAAUGAAUAUGUUAAUGCUUCAGUGACGGUACUACUGAGAGAAGAAUUCAGAGACAGACUGACAGAAGUUGAUUUAAAUGAUGUCCUGACCUGACUGCAAACAUGUUACCGUGAGAUUUAACCUUAACGCUGGCUAAAUAUGAACAUUUCUAACUGUUGGCGUUACUGACCUGGUCUCAUCAUGCACUGCCUGAAAUCAACACUGUACAUACUGUAGCUGACAACACUGGCUAUGUUUACAUGCAUGGAGGUAUUUGCCAUUUAUGUGGUAAUUCUACUUUUGUGUUGACACUAACCCGGAGAAACCUCCCUUGUUGUGCCCAGUUUUAAAUCAUUUGGCUACAAGAAUAAUGCUCUCCCACACAAGGCUUGUGCUUUAUUGAAAGCCUUUGUUACAGGCUAAUGAUAUCCAAUUGGCAUAUGAGGCCUGUAAGACUCCCAGCAGCCAUUUCUGUGACAUUGGUUCAAUGUCCUGACCAUCAACACCACCAAAAAUACUAGUACUGGGAUUUAAUCGCUGUCCCACAUAUUGGAGAUUAACUGAAUUUGUUCAAUCAGAAAGAGAGAGCAGUGGAUAUUCCGUCACAGAUUAUUUUUAUUUGAAUUCCCAUUAAACCUGACAAAGAUUUAAACUUGAAUAUAGCCAGCACUCACUGUAUUAGUGAAUGUGUGUGUAAACAUAGCCUCUGAUGCCAUCCAAGGUUUCCCUUUUAUCCCUUUAUGAAAGCAGGAUGAGAGGGACCAGAAUGUCUUCUGCCUCUUAAAAAAUAAUUGUGACUGUACUAAUAUUCUGUUGUAUUUAAGAAAAUAAAGUGUUACAGUAAAUUCCAA